ACACUUCAAAUCUCUGCAUCAUUUUUUUCUCCGGCUCUUUACUCUCUUAUCUAUCAAAAGUGCUCUUCCUCACUCUCCAUAUAUUUUCUCUUUUCGAGUUUCCUCUGAGUUUUUUCCGUUCUUUUAUUUUCUGGAGAAAGUAUCGUCAGAAAGCUACUUGGGUUCUUACUUUCUUUUAAGACUUGGAUUUGAAAGUUACCCAAAAUAGCAAGUUCGUGGUCUGUUAAAUGACUGGGAAAAGCAUUGUCUGGUGAUUUUUCGGUAAUUUAUUCUCUAUCUCUUUUCCGGUAAAGCUAUUUGCUUACAGCAUCUUCUCUUUUCUUUUUCCCCAACUUUUUGCCUAUAAAAAUUUCUUUUUUUUUUUUUUUCUCCCAUCUCUCUAUUACUGGUUCUUACCAUAUCGGUGCUUUCCGUACUGCUUGUUUCAAGCACACUCUUUUUUCUUUUUUUUUUAUAACUUUCCUUGAAAUUUAUCGUCGUUUGAUAAACUUUUGAGUAAGCUUUGAACCGAUUAAUGGUGGAUUUCUCUUCAUUUCAAGCUUCUCUUUAACGUGUUCUUUCUUCAGCUUUCCUUUUUUUAGCCCUUUAUUCUCCUCGUGUCUGGUCUCAAAGGAAUCUUUUCUUUUCUCCUUACUCCUUUUUAUUUCACUCCUUUUCUACUCUCACUCUCACUCUCACUCGCAAUGAGAAAAAGUGAAAGAAUCUGAAAACCCAGAAAACCGGAGAAGAAAAGAAAAUGGAUCAUUGCCCUGUUCCUUCAAUCAAAUACACAGAACACCGCAAUCAAACCAAGCUCCUUUCACCACUGUUAAAUGUCAGACUCGAAAAUCAGCCAGAAAUGAAGCCUCGAAUUGUUCGGCUUUCAGUUACCGAUGCUGACGCCACUGAUUCCUCCAGCGAAGAAGAAGAAGAACAAACAACUCGGCUUCGUUCUAGAAACAGAGUCAAGAAAUUCAUCAACGAGAUAACCAUCGAGUCAUUAUCCCCCGGCCAAAACGAGGCCGCUUGGAGAAGUAAAUCGUCGUCGUUGUCAAGGAGUUCUCGAAAAAGGGCGGCGGCUGCUGCUGAAGCAAAAGCUAAAGCGCCGGCGAAAGAACCGGCUAUGAAGAAGUUCAGAGGAGUAAGGCAACGGCCUUGGGGAAAAUGGGCGGCUGAGAUCAGAGACCCGCUAAAACGUGUACGGUUAUGGUUAGGUACCUAUGAUACCGCCGAAGAAGCAGCAAUGGUUUAUGACAACGCGGCUAUUCAGCUGCGUGGACCAGACGCGCUGACCAACUUUACGACUCCUCCCCAAAAAUCAGUUCAAGACAAAAACACUCAAAAUCCGUUAUCCAGCUCAGAUUACAACUCCGACGGAGAAUCUCACAACACUAACCUUUGCUCUCCGACUUCCGUUCUCUGCUGCCCUUCGGUUUCGAUGGACGAAGUCGACUUGCAAAGCGUCAAAGAAUCGCGGGAAAUAGGGAGCGAACCACGAGAUGCUCUCGGCGUUUCUUGCUGCAUAACGAGAGAAAACUUCACGGAUUUCUCCGAUUAUUCCUCUUUGAUUCAAAGUGAAAUAUUUAGUUCAGUGCCGGAUUUGUUCGACGAUAAUACUAUACACGAAGGAUUUUUAAAAGAUGAUUUCGCGAGCGGACUUUUCAGUUCGGGUGGAGAUUUGGAGUACGGAUUUGGUGGCUUGUCGAGCUGGCAACAUAUCGAUGAUCAUUUCCAAGAUAUCGGGGAUUUGUUCGGGUCGGAUCCUCUGUUAGCCAUUUGAGAGUGUGUUUCUAAUUUGUUUUGCUCAUGUAAUGUCGGUUUUACGGCAAGUUUUGAAUCGGCGGGAACUGAAAAUAUCGGCUGUGUUUGUUUUGUUUUUGUCCUUUGUCUGUUCCAAUUUUGUUAUCGCUAAAUAAUUUCAAUGAUUUGGAAUGUUAAUUAUUGAGAUUAAGAAUAUUAAAUAUCCACGUCACAGUUAACGGUGACGGACGAGUUUGGCGACGUGUUCGAAGCUAUGUCUUUUAUGUUCUUUGUUGUUGUUGUUUUUUUGUGAAAAGGCACGUGCUGUUUCACGUGACAAAAACAUUUCAAAAUGUUUUUUCCUUGAUGGUAAUAAUAAAUGUAGUAGUCAAGAUUUAAGAACUUAGAUUCUUAUUAACUGUAUUCUUAUUAACUGUAUGCACCCGUGCUGUGAAACGGUUCCAUGCACCUUAUUAUUAUU